GAUCAUAUUUUGGAGCGAGCGAGAGAGAGAGCGAGUGAGAGAGGGAGAGGGAGACAGAGAGGGAGACAGAGAGAGAUAGAGAGGGAACAGUGAGCAGAGUGCAGCACAGCCUGCUGAUGGAUCGUCAAGGUGGAAAAGCCUUUGGAAUCCUAAAGGCCCAACAGGAUGACCGUCUGGAAGCUAUCAACAAGGACUACCUGGAGAACCCGGAGUACAACGCCAACCCCCAUCUGGAGGACAUGCUGAGAGCUUUCAAAGAGAAAUACAUGGAGUUUGACCUCAACAACCAGGGUGAUAUCGGUACGAUGGGGCUGAAGAAGAUGCUGGAGAACCUGGGGGCAGCCAAGACUCACCUGGAGCUGAAGAAGAUGAUAAGGGAGGUGACGGGCGACAUGAGUGAUACCAUCUCCUACCAGGACUUCGUGAAGAUGAUGUUGAAGAAACGGUCGGCCAUAGCCAAGAUAAUAAUGAUCUACGAAGACAAGGCCAAGGAACCGAGAAAGCCCAUUGGCUUCCCGACAAAGAAAAGCUUCAGCGACCUCCCGUGACCCAUCAGUGUCCCGCUACCUCGGUCCAACCCUGCCUCCGAACCUCCACGGUACCGAGCUCCGUACAUCUUACAGCCUGAAUAAUGAUUGAAUUAGUUAAUGAAUGAAUGAGUGAAUGAUUGAGUGAGUGAAUGAGUGAGUGAGUGAGUGAGUGAGUGAUGAGUGAGUGAAUGAGUGAGUGAAUGAGUGAGUGAAUGAGUGAAUGAGUGAUUGAAU